AUGUCGUAUCGUAUCGAGAGGAGGGACAACACCACGGCGAGCAAGCACCUGAACAAGGAGGAGAUGCAGCAGGCCAAGUACGGUAUCCUGCGCCGCGCUGUCUCCUGCGACAUGACCUACCUCGACCGCCGCGACCACUACCACUCCAUCUACUACAACAAGAUGGUCUGCGCUCCCGGUUUCGAAAUCGACCGUACGUCGGGUGGGCUCUCAUACAAGGUGGGCGACUACUACCUGUCGAGCCUGCUGGGCCGUGGCGGCGGGGGCAGCGUCUACGAGGGCCGCCACAGGAAGACCAACAAGCGGGUGGCGAUCAAGGUGGUGACCAAGAGCCGCACCGAAGAGACGCGCGCGGCGCAGGGGUCCAACCGCCGGGGCAGCGCGGGCAAGGACGUCAACUCGUCGGUGGCCUACGCCAAGAAGAUUCAGCGCACGCGCAAGGAGUACACGGUGAUGUCGCACCUGAGGGACCACCGCCACAUCACCAAGCUGCUCGACGUGGUGGAGAACGACAAGGCCAUCUGCCUGGUGCUCGAGCUGGGCGCCGGCGGCGACCUGUUCCAGCACAUCCAGCAGAAGGGCCGCCUGUCGCUCUACGAGAGCUGGUUCCUCUUCCGCCAGCUCGUCUCCGCCGUGGCCCACGCCCACGCCCAGGGCUUCGUCCACCGCGACAUCAAGCCCGAGAACGUGUUCCUGAGCGAGGACAAGAAGACCGCGACGCUGGGCGACUGGGGCUUCGCCGACGUGUGGUGCUCGUUCAAGGACCUCAAGGAGGGCGUGGGCAGCCUCAACUACUGCUCGCCCGAGAUCGUCGGCGGCCUGCCCUACACCGGACCCGAGGUCGACAUCUGGAGCCUGGGCACCUGCCUCUACGCGAUGGUCACCGGCAACCUGCCCUUCGCCGCCGACAGCCCCAAGCAGGUGGUCAUGAACAUCAAGACCUCCAACUUUGUCCUGACCGGCAGCUGCGAGGCCGACCCGCUCCUCUACGACCUCCUCUCGCGCCUCCUCAACCCCAACACCCUGGAGCGCGCCAAGAUGGCGGACCUCCUCGAGCACCGCUGGUUCCGCAACGGCCCCACGCUGGCCCACAUCAAGGACCGCCGGAAGCGCACGGGCUCGGCGACCAACGUGCUAGCCACCAACAACCGCCACCGGACCCGCGUCAACUAG